CAGACUCAGUAAGAUAUUAUUACGACUACGAAUGUAAUGAGCCACUGGUUGCCAACUCUAAGUUGACUGCCACUUCCAGCCUUAGAGACAGGGGACCUGAGAAUGCUAAGUUAUUUGGUCCGUUAUCAAUAUAAAACACUAUAUAGUUGGACCUCAGUAACCAUACUAAAUAGAGCCUUUAGUACCAAAAUGGCCAGUUUAAAUGUCCGAUGGGCCUUCAAUGCCACUGAGUGGAAACCUACCGUGGAGGAGAUCACAGCCGCUUCAAGCUAUAUACAGCAAGAGGAAAAGCAAAGAAUAGCAAGAUUUGUAUUCCAGAAUGAUGCUAAAUCAUCACUUGUCGGCCGCCUCAUGCUGAGGAAGUUUGUAUACAGCACCACUUCUAUACCCUACGAGGAGGUACGGUUUAGCAGAGAUGAUAAAGGCAAACCAUUCUUAGUGGAGGGAGGUGAUGUACCAAUAACAUUCAAUGUGUCUCACCAAGGAGACUUUGUAGUACUGGCUGGGAAUAAAGACCGAAAUAUUGGCAUCGAUGUUAUGAAAAUAGAACCGCCGGCAAAUAAGAACAUCCCAGAAUUCUUUCGUAUAAUGACGCGACAGUUUUCGAGGCACGAAUGGUCGACGAUUCGUAGUUUUCCCACGGAAAUGGAACAGAUCGCGUGUUUCUAUCGCAUUUGGUGCCUAAAAGAAAGUUAUGUGAAGAACAUAGGGUUUGGUAUAACUGUACCCUUGGACGAAAUAAGUUUUUCGAUCAAAACACGCAAGUUGGAAGUGGGGAGGCUGGUAACUGACACGGUGUUGCAUGUGAGGAAUGUUAAGAAGGAGGGGUGGAUCUUUGAGGAGACAUUAUUGGAUGAGAAACACGCCGUGGCUGUUUCUUUGAAAGUGGAAGGCAAUGGCAACUAUGUACCCUCGCCUUAUACUUAUCUGACUUUUGAUGAGAUAGUGGAAGAUGCUAAACCCUUACACGAACCGGAUCUAAACUUUAGUUCCGGGUUUAUGGAGAAACAAAUGAAAAACUUUUAGAUUUAAGAGGAUUGGCAGUUAAUCUCGAAUUUAUUGCGAAAUAAAAAAAAAUAUUUUCGUAAAAUUAUAAUGUUAAAUGUUCGCUAAUUUACUUCCAAUAUGUGUUAUAUUUUUACCCGACUGCAAAGAAGGAUUAAGUUUUUUACUAUUUGGGUUGCUUUUGGAUUAUAUAGAUGUGUUAUAUAGGUUUAGGAUCAUAUUACUUAGUUGUUAGAAGUUCAAUGAAUGGCAAAGGCAAAUAAAUAAUUAUUUGAA